AUGGUUGGAAUGGAUGUUUACGCCGAAACUGUCAAGUCUGCGAUUCAAGAAAGGGCCUGCAGUCUUAACGCUCUUGGAAAGUUUGUGUUUGAAAAUCCUGAACUACAAUUCGAGGAGCACAAGGCUCAUCAUUUUAUUGCGAAUUAUUUGGAACAAGAAGGAUUUCUGGUACAGAGGAAGUACAUCCUCGAAACCGCAUUUCGCGCAGAAUAUGGACGUAAGCACCCGGUGGUCGUCCUCUUGUGCGAAUACGAUGCGCUCCCGAACAUCGGCCACGCUUGCGGACACCAUCUGAUCGCCGAGAGUGCGGUGGCCGCCGGCAUUGGCGUCAAGGAGGUGCUCCAGCGGGACUCUUCGCUCCCAGGAAAGGUCGUGGUUCUGGGAACACCUGCCGAAGAAGCCGGACACGGGAAGGCGUACCUCAUCGACGGGGGCGCCUUCGAGGGUGCCGACGUGGCCAUGAUGAUUCAUCCGGCUCCCGUGAACAUCGCUGUCUUCCCAAGCCUCGCUCUCGCCACGUUGAGAGUGGAAUACAGAGGCAAAGAAUCUCACUCCGGUGCAACUCCCUGGGAAGGAAUCAACGCCCUGGACGCCGCCGUUGGAGCCUACGUUAAUCUCUCGAUGCUCAGACAGCAAAUGAAGCCUUCUUGGAAACUCGGAGCUACUAUCAGCGACAAGGACUCGAGGGCCAACGUGACGCCGUCAGUGUACUCUAUGGAGGUAACCAUAAGAGCACCGAAAUCUCACGAACUGGCUGAACUUAAAAGUAAAGUGGAGGCGUGUCUGAACAGCGCGGCUACAGCAACGGGUUGUGGAGUGGAUGUCACAUUGAAAGACCCAAUCGCACAAGAUGUCGUCACAAACACUGCUCUGGUUAAAGUAUACCAAAAAAACGCAGAAAAGCUUGACGCUGCCAGAGUUCAAACCUCGUACGAACUGACACUGACGGCGGCCCAAGCGCUCUCGCUGACAGCUUUGGAAGUAAUCAGAGACCCCAAACUUUUGAAAAAGGUGAAAGACGAAUUUCAGGAAAAUCAAACUCAGAAAUGA